CUCUUCUCCUGAUCGCCUCUGCAAGGGAAAUGGCCGCUUCCUGCUUCAAGGCUAAGGAGUGGCCUGCGAAGACUGGUCUGAUCGAACACUUUGAUUAGGCCCUGAAACACAAUCUCAUCAGCUUUUGGCUUCGGUGCUGACCCGAAGGUUGGAGUUUGGUGCUGCGAUGUCCGGCCUGGUGUCACCAUGGCAGAUGUCGAGAUGACAGGUGUGAUCAAGCUGUACCAGAGCUGGUCAUGCCGGAAUUCCGGAGUUGACCAGUAUCACUCUGCGAGAUACUGAGCAGACGUCGAUUUUGGCACCUUGCUGCCCGUUUUGGGUUCCGAGAUUUGACGGUUUUCGGCACGGAGGGCCCCUCCGCGACGAAGCGGUCCAUGAUCCCGGCCUUGAGCCACUAUGGGACCCAACCCAGUAUCCAGACGCCGGACGCACGUCGAGAGAAGGCGUGCUCAUAUCCAGCAAAGUCUUGUUAUUCUGGUAUGCGUUGCCUAAGCAGAACACAAUGUCGACUGGAGGUCUGUCGAAGCACAACUGUCGGCAAUCGAAUGUCUUUUCGCAAUGGUCUCAUGAACUACAAUACUACUAUAACAAGUGUGCAUACAAAGUAAGGGCCGCGCUAAGCUGUGAGCUUCGGUCGAUGUGCCAUUUCGAGCUGGAUCACCGUCAUGUUUCUAUCACUCUAUUUUCCUAGCCGCAAGCCUGGUACACGAAUUUAUCCUCGCUUAAGCUGAUUCCGAGCGGCUAUAAAUACAAGUGCUGGCAACAUCAGCGCCGAUAAGCUGAUCCUUGUACCAGAACAUGCCACAGGAGUCUUGAUCCAUGUUUCUCCUCUUCCGUCAGCCCCCGGGUUUCAUGGUGCCCUGCUGCCACUCUACCAACAUGAAUUCCUUGCAAUGUUUCUAUCCCUCACAACCGCUGGUUGAAUUAAGUCCUUAUGUUGGAAUUGUGCCCAUAUCCAGAUCAAACUGGGCAAGGUCAGGACAUGUUCAUGAGUGGUACUCGAUGUCCGGAGCCAAGCUUGUCUUCUUGCUCAGGGAGUCCCCGAAGUACGGAACAGAUGGAACUGAAUCAUAACUUCCUGCCCGAGGAGGAAGUUAGUUACCGCAGCAAAUGAGGCGAGACGCGAACGGAUGGCGCUUCUUUGAGACAGUCAUCACUUCGAACUCGGUGAGACCGAUCCGAGAUCGCCAGCCCCAACCCUUGCUUUGCCUCUCUCCCUGCUGAGCCUCCCGCGAACACGUCACCUCGACCAGAAACAAAGGUCGAGCGGAUUGCAUCUCAGGAUGCGGCGAGAGGGUUACCGGAGUCAACGCCCAUUGUCUGAUUCUGCGCCAGUAAAAGAACUGGAUCAGUUGUGUUAACGCUUAGAGGUGAGUUGGCUGCCGACGUAGAUCACUCUAACUCAAAAACGGAUGCCCAACUCGUACUGUCCCUUGAAUUUACAGGACACUAUAGGGACCUCUCUCAGAAUGGCGACGCAUUCACGCAUUCAUGUAUUUAAGGACCACCACCUCUCUCAAUUCCAUCCCGCGCCUGCCUACUGACUGGUUGCGAGAAAGGGGUCAUCUCCCUCCGAGUUUCGCAUUGCGCAGUGCAUGCGUGUGUUGAGACUUUGCAUCCAGGGGAGGGUUGCCGCAACCAACGCAAUCAACACCGAACCGGCCAAAGACAAAGACAGAGCAGCAAGCUGUUGGUGGCAGUGGUUAUACUGCAGGCGGCCGCCUCUCCCAGUCCGUCUCAAUCUUCAUCUCAGUCCCCAGGUCGACGUCAACCUCAUUUGCCCUGCACCUGCAGUGCUUGGAGUACCGACCCGGCCAAAAGCCAACCUGGAGAAGAUUCAGCUGAAAGUGGCAAGGAGAGGUUCGCCAGAGACAACGCCGGACCCAAUAAUAAAGCAUAAAGGUGAGCUGGGGGCGGGACUCUGGAGCCAAGAAGCCUCAGGAGAGAUGGACAUGGAGGCACCAGGGGAUGGAGGGAACCCCAGCAAACGACGAUCCACUGGGACAGGCGCACGGCCAUGUGGUUCUCUCUUCUACGGCGCCGUUAGAUAUAACAACGUCCGAAGAAUUUGGGGCACAAUGGGCGGCGAAUAAAGUGACAUGGCGCUCCAUUUUCUUUCACAUAUAUGACACUGUCAAACAGAUCUCUUCUCUUGUGUGGUGGAAGGAAAUGUCAUAGCUGAGAGAGCAGUUCAUAUCUGUUCACCUGAGCAAAUAUACGUAGACGGAUGGUCCGCUCGCCUGAUACUGUGCACACAGCUGAGCCUUCCGACACUCUGAAUACACCAAGAGCAUGCAGUGGUGAGCAAACAACAUAAUGGCAGUGUCGUCCUGACGCCAACACAAUACGUGCACGAGAGUCCUCACAUUGCAUUUAUCUGUCUAACUGUCUAGUCCUAAACUACCUUUCUAAGAAGAAGUCUUCUUG